CCUGUGAAGAGUGAAGAUGAUGAUGAGGAAGCUCAGUCCUCACAGCUUCAUCAGAGACAAACUCAACACAUGGAAACAGAAGCUUAUGGAGAGGACUGUGGUGGACCGGAACCAGCCAGAAACUCACAUCCACUUUUACAACCAAAGACUGAAGACCAGAAUGGAGACUCUACUGAACCUGAGACUGAUGACACUGCUGAUUGGAAGAAGACCAGAGAAGCUCAGUCAGAUUUAAACUCUCUGAAACAUGAUUCAACGUGUAAGAAAACAUUCAGCUGCUUUGAGUGUGGUAAAAGAUUUGAUCGCAAGUCAAAUCUCAAGAAACACAUGAGAAUCCACACAGGAGAAAAGCAUUUCAGCUGCUCUCAGUGUGAUAAAACUUUCACCGAAAGUGGAAAACUGAAGAACCACAUAAGAAUACAUACAGGAGAAAAACCUUUCAGCUGCUCUGAGUGUGGUAGAUCUUUCACUGAACGUGGACACCUGAACAGACACAUGAGAAUCCACACAGGAGAAAAACCUUUCAGUUGCUCAGUUUGUAAGAAUUUUUUUACACAGAGUGGAAAUGUAUCCACUCUGUGUAUAAACAUCUUGAAACAUGAUUCAAGAUGUAAGAAAAGAUUCAGCUGCUCUGAAUGUGGGAACAGAUUUGCCACCAAGCCACACCUGAAGAGACACAUGAGAACUCACACAGGAGAAAAACCUUUCAGCUGCUCUGAGUGUGAUAAAGCUUUCGCUGAAAGUGGAACCCUGAAGAGACACAUGAUGAGUCACACAGGAGAAAAACCUUUCAGCUGCUCUGAGUGUGGUAGAGCUUUCUCUGAAAGUGGAACCCUGAAGAGACACAUGAUGAGUCACACAGAUGUUGAGCAGCUGUUGGUGGUUAAAGAAGAGGUUCCCCCUGAGCAGCAG